AUGGAUUUAAAUACAUAUUCAAAGAACAUAUCUAACUUCAUCGCUGGAAGUUACAUCACCUCCGCCAUCACACUAGGUAAAGAUCUGGGACUAUUUGAUGAGCUAAAAAGACUGGACAAACCAGUAUCAUCACAGCAGCUAGCAGACGCCUGUAGCCUGAAGGAAAGGUAUGUCCGGAAGUGGCUGGGAUGUAUGGUCUCAACAAGGAUCGUUUCACUAGAUGACUCAGACCGCUACUUCAUCCCUGGGAAACUUAAACCAGGACUUCGUGGUAUUGAUUCCGCUUUCUUCUUCCCUGUGUUGGGUUAUGAAUUUGGUGAUAUGCUCCCAGAAGUAGUUGAUGUCACUGAAGAAAGAGUUGCCGAUCCUGACAUGGUAGUGGAACAGCUCCUGGUGCCAGCGACAAAAUUCACGGGGGCAAGGACGUCAAUUCUUGACCUAGGGUCCGGUGCAGGAAACAUUUCCAGAGCGUUGAGCAGGCGUUUUCCAUGUGCAGACAUAUACGGCGUUGACUACACCGAUAUGGCAAUUACCAAGGCCAUUGAAAUAGCUCAUACCCAAGGCAUCAAAAACGUGAAGUUUCUGAAAGAAAAUGCCACGUCCUUGCCCGCUGACUGGACACACAAGUUUGACUGGGUGGUUAUGUAUGAUGUACUUCACGACCUAUCAGAUCCUGUAAAUGCCAUGAAAGAGGUGAAUCGUGUGCUGAAGGACAACGGGGUUGUUUCCAUCACUGAUCCGGAUGUCCAUAGUAACCAUAGAGAUAACAUAGGGGAUCCGAACGUGGCAGGAGUAGGAUACGCCCUCAGUACCGUAAUUUGCCUCCCCUGUAGUUUGUCGAUAGACGGCGCCCCUGGUUACGGCAUUGGCUGGGGAACGGAAAAUAAGGAUGCUUUUUUGAAGAGUUCUGGUUGGCUGGUGAAGGACAAACGUCAUAUCGGAAGUCCUUUGGCUUGUAACUUUACUUGCGUUAAAGCUUAACAUAGCAAAUUGAACUUGAAUUCAAAAGUCUAAUCAGAAUACUCUUGGUUGCAACAAAAGUAACACGUCGUUAAUCAGUUUGAAAUGUGUAUACUGUAGAUAGUUUUGUCCGAAGCAUUUUUUGAAGUUGAUGCACCAUAACAUAUUGUCCAUGGAAUUUCCAAAGAACACGAAUUGUGAAACCAUGCACAGAGCACGAGUGGGCAGAAGUUUGGUAACGAAUUUAUUAAUCUGUGUGUGUGAACAUUCAA